AUGCCGUGCGCGGACCUUCUGAAUCACGGCGCGGGCGCGCGCGCCAACUGCGUGCUGGGCGCGAGCCGCGCCGCCGCCCAGGGGUUCGGACGCGGUCGCGGGGAAGAUGGAACGUCAACCGGCGCGUGGGAGGAGGUCGUCGUGACGUGUUCUCGGGACGUCGCUCGCGGGGAACAGCUGUUGAUAUCCUACGGCGACGACGCGUGUAACGAUAAGCUUCUGCGUCUGUACGGGUUCGCCGUCGCGGAUAACCCGAACGAUCGCAGGGAGAUCGUCAUGGAGCUCGAGGGCGACGCGCUCGAGCGGUGGAACGCGACGGAGUUAUUAGGCCCGGGGCUGAGCUACGCGAGAACCGCGGUGUUGAGAAUGCGCGGCUUGCCGAGGCUCGAUCCGUUCGCGGAUCACGCGAUCGAGAUGGAGCAGAUCGAGGCGAUGAUGCGGCAGGUCGCGGAGGACGCGAAGAGAAAGAGAGGGAAAGGGAAAGGGAAAGGGAAGUGGGUGGGCGAGGACGCGUCGGCCGCGGGGAAGCCGCCGGCGGCGCCGCCGGCGUUUCGCGACCCGGACGCGUCGGACAAACGUUCGGACGACGAUGCGGAGGACCCGAGCCGCCCGGAGCGGUCGAUGGACGACAUCUCCGACGCGUUCGACGUAGAUUUCGACGACGACGACGACGACGAGGAUGAGGACGAUUACGCGACGACGAAGGAAACGACAACGACGAAACCGCCGCCGAGGUGGCGUUGUUUCGUCGCGCACCCGAAGCGCCGCGUGGAGGACGCGUCGUCGAACGAAAAGAUGGAGAACGGCCCUCACGAAAAGAUGGACUCUUCGACGGAAGCCGCGGCGACGCGCGCGGCGGCGGCGGACGCGCGCGCGACCGGACAUCGCGGCGGCGCCGUCAGCGCGUCCACGCUCCUCGCCACCUUGCGCGCGCACGUGCUCCAGGGCGACGAGCCGCCGGGCGAGGACGGGGCGGAACCGAACCCGCUGCGUCCGAUGUCCGAAGCGAACGAAGCCGCGGCGGUGGCGACGCUUCGACGCGCGUCGGAGGCGGCGCGCGCGGAGAUGCGCGAGCUCAUCGCGCGCGGCGACGACGACGACGACGACGGAUCCGUGGACGCGCUCGACCCGGAGACGCGGGCGAGGGUGAUGGCGCGCGUCGACGCGGACGAGGAUUGGGCGCGCGCGGUGCGGACGCUGCGACGGGGGCAGGAGGAUAUAUUGGACGCGAUCGAGGCGGCGAUCACGACGAGCGACUAGCUAGUAGACUGCGUGAGUAUUCAUUCUUAUUCGCUC